AUGGCAUCACAACAUCCUUACCAAAAGCUAGACAUUGACGAACGAGUCAAGAGGGUGCUUCUACGAACGCCACUUAUCGAUGGUCACAAUGAUUUACCACAGCAACCAAGAGCCAUCUUUCAUGGCAAGAUUCACAACAACCCCAAAUUCGACUUGGAGAAGGGAUUUCAGAGGGGUAUGACUGAUAUCCCUCGUUUACGUGAGGGUGCUGUUGGUGGACAAUUCUGGUCAGUCUGUGUGCCAUGUCUGAGAUCUGCAGAGAAUUUCUCAACGCCUGAAUACUCGGAUAUGGCGAGGGAUGCUAUUGAGCAAAUUGACUUGACGCUGAGAUUGAUCGAGUCAUAUCCAGAUGUAUUUCAGUUAGUGAAUGGCCCUGGGGAUGUCAAGAGUAUAUAUGAAUCUGGAAAGAUUGCUUGUUCGAUUGGCAUUGAAGGAUUGCACAUGGCUGGAAAUAGUAUUGGGAUCAUUCGCGCGUUUUACCGAUUAGGUGUGCGAUACUGCACUCUUACCCAUGUGUGUAACAAUGCGUUCGCGGACAGUUCCACGUCCAAAAUCGGUCCCGUCCAUGGAGGAUUAUCAACCCUCGGAAAGUCGGCAAUUGUUGAGAUGAAUCGACUAGGCAUGAUAGUAGACUGUUCACACGUCUCAGAAAAUUGCGCCAAACAAGUUCUACAAUUGUCCCGCGCACCUGUAAUGUUCUCCCACUCCAAUGUGAAAUCGGUAUUCGACUGUCCCCGAAACGUACCGGACGAUAUACUAGACAUGGUCCCAAUCAACGGCGGCAUCGUGAUGGUGACAUUCGUCCCAGAGCACGUAGCCACAAGACGUAAAGAUGCGACAAUGGACAUGGUGCUUGAUCAUCUAUUCUAUGUCGCCCACCGUAUCGGCUGGGACCAUGUCGGGCUCGGAUCAGAUUUUGAUGGUAUUGCAUCUGUCAUUCCUGGUCUUGAGGAUGUUAAAUGCUACCCACACCUCUUAAAAGCAAUUCUUGAUCGCGGUGCGACAGAAGAGCAAUUAGCGAAAGUUGUGGGUGAGAAUAUAUUGCGUGUUUGGAGAGGUGUGGAGGAUGUACGAGACCAGAUGAAGGUAGAGGGUGUCCUGCCCGUUGAGGAUGUGUGGGAAGAUAGAACGUGGUGGAGGUAUGAUGGGUACUAUCAGAUGCCGGAUCCUGAUCCCGAGGAUAAGUUGGGGUUGGACUGGUACGGGGUACCACCGCCAGAAGAGGGACUGUAUCUUGAUCCUUAG